AUGACCACUCUUCGGGUUCUGCUGCACGUUGCUGCUCAGCGUGACUACGAGCUUCACUCUCUUGACUUCAGCACAGCGUUCCUGCAGGGCAGCCUGCACGAGGAGAUCUGGCUGCGCCGCCCACCUGGCUUUACUGGGUCGUUUCCUCCUGGUACCCAGUGGAGCCUCCGCCGGCCAGUCUACGGUCUCCGCCAGGCACCACGUGAGUGGCACGACACACUGAGGACUACACUUGCGGCUCUUGGGUUCGCGCCGUCUACUGCUGACCCGUCGCUGUUUCUGCGCACAGACACGUCGCUGCCGCCGUUCUACAUUCUCGUGUACGUCGACGACUUGGUCUUUGCUACUGCUGACACUGAGGCACUCGCUCGUGUGAAGUCGGAGCUGCAGAAGAGACACACCUGCACUGACCUGGGUGAACUGCGUAGCUACCUUGGCUUGCAGAUCACCCGGGACAGAGCUCGCCGCACCAUCACCCUGACUCAGUCACACAUGGUGCAGCAGGUCCUUCAGCGCUUCGGCUUCCAGUUCUCCUCACCACAGGCCACACCUCUGGCUACCAGCCACUCGCUCUCAGCUCCACCUUCGGACGAGUCCGUAGAGCCGAGUGGCCCGUACCCAGAGCUUGUAGGCUGCCUCAUGUACCUGAUGACUUGCACGCGACCUGACCUCGCGUACCCUCUUAGCAUCCUUGCUCGUUACGUUGCACCUGGGAGACACAGGCGAGAGCACUGGGAGGCUGCUAAGAGGGUGCUGCGUUACUUGUGCAGUACAUCAGGCAUGGGGCUGGUGCUUGGAGGACGCGACAGAGUUGUCCUCACUGGUCACUCGGACGCUUCUUGGGUGGACGACCUGGCUACGCAGCGGUCGUCACAGGGUUACACCUUCAGCCUUGGCUCUGGUUCUGUCUCGUGGCGGUCCACCCGCUCUUCCUCUGUUCUCGGCUCUAGUUGUGAGGCUGAGAUCUACGCCACAGCCAUGGCUGCACAGGAGUUACGCUGGCUCACCUACCUGCUGACUGACUUGGGAGAGCGGCCUAGUUCUCCUCCAGUUCUGUACGGUGACAACAAGGCGGCUCUUGCCUUGUGUCAGGAGCACAGACUGGAGCACAGGACGAAGCACAUUGCUCUUCGCUACUUUCUUGCUCGAGAGCUUCAGCAGCGCGGUCAGCUUCGGCUUGUGUACGUGGACUCGAAGGCCAACACUGCUGAUAUCUUCACCAAGGCGCUCCCGCCUAGUGAUCAUCAGCGGCACUGUACUUCUUUAGGCCUUGUGUCCACGUUUCCUCACUUGCUCACUGCUUGA